AAGAAAAAAGAAGAAGAACGAAAACGAGAAAGAAAAGAACAAAAAUGAAAAGAAGACGGAGAAGAAGAAAAAGAAGAAAAGGAAGAAAAAACAGACCGUGGAUAUCAAAGAGAGCAAGAGAGACGUCACGAAGCUCGAGCGAUGCCAACAAGGAAAGAAAUGCUCGUCUUUGGGAGGAAGUUGUAGCAGCGAUACCAAGGGCUGCUCGAGGAUGGUCAUGAAGUACUGCGUGGGCGGCGGGUGCGGGUGCUGCCUCUCGGGUUGUGCGGCCAAUUUCAAGAAGAAAUGCGGGAAAUACCACGGUUACUGCGCCAAGUCCUGCAGGAAGGGAGAACGCAUCAUAGAAAAAGGAUGUUCAGGGAGAACUUGCGUAUGUUGCGCUCCACCUUGUAUGUUGCAACUCAAAUGCCAAUCGUACGGAGGAAAAUGUUCGCAAAGUUGCCAGGCGAACGAAAGGAAGAUCAUACUGGGAUGCAAAAACCAAAAUAAGAAGUGCAAAUGUUGCGCCCCUGCUUGCAACAUCACCAACUCGUGCCUGGUGGCUGGCGGAUACUGUGUCUCCAAAGUGUCAAAAUGCAAAGGAUAUGUGAACGCGGAAGGGUGUAUCGGCGACAGAUGCAUGUGCUGCUUGCCAGACAAAGGCUCGGCACAACUAGUGGAAGGCGCCACCCAGUCCGACAUUAUCAGCGACCACGAGCUCGCUCCGUUGUACCGUGCGCUUGUAGCCUCCAAGAAAGUCGUCGCUUCUGCCAGGAGAACCCUGAAUGAGCUCGAGAAAGCCAUGAAUGCGGUCAGAGAGGAGCCGGAGAGUUCUCCCAAAGUGGGCUUCGCGGUCGAGAAACUAGAGUCCCUCGAGGAAGCCGUGAAGAGAAAGAACUGGCUCCUCGUCACCAAGUCUUCGCUCGAGGUGGCCGACGCCCUGCCCGAUGUAACAGCAGUCACCCACAUGCUGAGCCAAAGCUGCGUCCUUGUCACUGGGUCCGAGCUUCCGUACGUCGUAUCUGAGGCCCAGCUCAAGGCACUCAGGAUUUUUAUCAGCAUUGGGGAUCAGCUGCAAGAUAUUAGUGAAAAGAUGGACGGUUCCUUCAAGACCACUAGCAGUAACGAAGAAACAAAAACUAACAUGAUUACAUUAACAACCCUGCCUUACAAGUCUUCCUCAAAGAUCUACAGUUCCACGAAAACGAAUCAUAUUUCAAGUACCCCAAUCUCUAAUGAUAAGGACGACCGAAAACGCCUCUACAAGCAAUCAGAGCAAUGCAGUCAAUAAGACCAUAAGUAUUACAACAGCC